ACCGAUACCAAACUACAACGGCAUGGGUUACGAAUUACUUGGAUUACAAAACGACAGCAAUGUCUUCUCAACUCUUCUCUCUCAUCUUAUUUUCCUAAAUGUCGCUACGAGAAAGCAUGGGGUGCCUAUUUUGGAGGACCCUGAUGGAUAAUGGAACCGGACUUUUCUUUUCUUCAGCUGUCUUCCCGCUCCCGGGCUCCAGUCCGCGGUCGAGUGGUACCGGCACAAUGUGUUACAGAAACCAGAUAGAUAGCCGCUUAGGGGUCAAACAGUGCCCCUUCCAAAAGCGAAGCAUCAAACAAUUGAAAAUCAAUGAAAUCAAACCCCCUGUCCUCUGCAAUAUUGUGAACACUUUCUUGGUACGAGGACUUGGAGCGAAAAACAACAAAAGCAGACCACAUGAUUCAGCAAAGACCUGCCGUCACAAUGCGCCGCUGCGCGUUACGACGACUCCAACAGCGCACCUCACAAAAAUCGACUUUUUUUUGGCCUAUGCCUACCAUUUUCGCCCAGGUACCCGAAGAGGGUUGGCGGAUGCGCCCUGCGAUCUCGGCAGAUCGGCGUCGCUCAACCUCCGGUCUUUCCAUUGCACCUGCACUUUCGCUCCAGCUGCUCAGGUGCCCGCCCACCCGCCAACCCCUCGCCCGCUCGCUUACCUCACCCUUCGAAGCCGAGCUGCCUGCCUUGCGCAGCUGCGCUUGGUGCUGCCUGCCUGCCACGAACGAACGGGGUUACAAAGCAAAUUCCACGACGACGACCGAUUUCCGCGCCCCGACAUUUUAACGACACGCCCCCUUCCGCUACUUGCCUUCUAGUCAUCUUUUCAGAUCUUUUCAGGACAGUCACCGUCUCACAGAUUUCCAUGGUUCACUAACGCCGCCGUAUCGUGGACGAAUCACGAGGAGAAAUUUCAUAGGCAUCCGGACUUUGGCGCCCGUGGUUAAUGGUGCAGGUGAAGAGCAAACAGCGAAAAAGCCGAC